AAUGAGAGAACAGAAGAAGAAGUGAACUACACUCUCGCUGACGUCUACGGUACUCUGAAAUUGUGUCGGAGUGGGACGUCUAACUUCUGUGUGCUGAAGGGCAGCCAGUCCGAGGUUUCAUCCGUGGCGUUAUCUGUCUCUCUUUACCUGUCAAUCUCCAAGCUGCGCCAUGUUUGCCGUCAGAAACGCUCUCCGCCUCGGCUCCAGGUUGUCCAUCCCCGCGGUGGCGAGGAGAGGAUGCGCCGGAGCUGCGAUACCUGUGGACGAUAUAGUGAACGGACUGACAGACGACCAGAUCCAGGUUAGCCACACAGGCUAGCUGAGGAAUAACACAGUUAUAUAUGCAUACCAGGGCAGAUAAGCAGGAAAUACAGUCAUAAAGCUGCGUAAAAUGAGCUCAAAGUGCAGUGGUCAGUUUGACAGAGGAGGAAAAAAUGGUUAUUUAAGGGCUCUGUGCACGUGAGGUGAUGACAUAACAUCAGCUAAACAAUAAGACCUUCAUACUGAUGAUAGUAGACGACCUAGCUUCACAUUUCCUCGAGAGCUCUGUAUUUUCCUCAUGCAUACAUCAAAUAAUUCAGUUCUCGUCUGAGUAUUUAUAAAAGCUAUUGUCACUGAUAAACUCUCUAUAGGAAGCUUUAGCAGCUACUUUAGCCCACACAGAUAUCUGACUGUAGCAGCUUUGUUAUCUUCAUUUAGAGGCACAGUCUGAAGCUGUAAAACUCAUGUAAACACACUUUAGAGACAUUUUAUGAAUUUGAUGCAAGGUGACUUCAGGUCAGCUUUGUUUUCUUCAUGGAAAGCUAGGGUUCAUACUGGCUGGGAGGAGGGCAAGGGGAGGGGGUUCAUAUAAAGGAUCUGAUUGGUUAAAAGUCUCUGCUCUCCUUGCUCAGGCGCUGUGGUGAUCCAACUGUCAGACCAUAGAUAUAACACUUUAAAAGAGAAUUUCAGAUCACACCACUUCUUCUUUGUUUCACAUAGAGCUAAUUAUUGUCUCAAUCUGCCAUGGGACAGAUAACAUGACCUCUUCAAUUCACUUCACUUCAACUUUAUGAUGUCCCAAAAUGGCACAGGCAUAGAAAACACUGCCACACAUCAUAAAGAGAAGAAGUAAUAUAAAAUACAUUUACAUAAAAAGCAGUUCAGGAGUUAAAAUCAGCAUAUGUCAGUCAUACCAGUAUUUUUGCACGAGCAGAGUGCAUAAAAUGCAGAAACAAAGUGUAAUGUGCAGUUUGCAUACCAAUAAAAGAACCCCUAGAUGGAUAAUAAUAAUAAUAAUAAUAAUAAUAAUAAUAAUAAUAAUAAUAAUAAUAUACACCAUCUAAUACCAGAAGCAGUUAUCUCCUCCUGCAGGAAUCAUUUAGGGUUAGGGUUAGAGCCUGGGAUGAAGGAAUUUUUAUACCUGUUUUUUGUGGCUCUAGGAACUCUCAGCCAAUGGCCGGAAGGUUACACAUUAUAUUCUGAGCAGAGAGGAUGGUCACUACGAGACCGAAUGGACACAGCUUAUUUACCAGUACUUGUCUUGGUGACAUCGUAUAUUUAGGUUUUUUUAAGUGUAAUCUUUGUCGUGUCUUUCACAGCUCAGGCAGACAGUCCGUAAAUUUUUUACAGAAAAGCUUGCGCCCCAUGCCGAUGACAUCGACAAAACCAAUAACUUUCCAAGAUUGCGGGUGAGUUAAAACACACUUGCAGAUGUGUUUAAAAGUUGAAAAAUAAGCAGCACUGUUGUGAGCAUGUUUCAAUCUCUGCUUGGUCUUGUGUUGAAGUUGUGUCUUUGUAUGUUUCAGUUACACAUCAGUUGUUCACUUUCUAACUUUGCUCCACCAGGAAUUUUGGGAGGAAUUGGGAGAGAUGGGACUUCUUGGCAUCACUGCUCCAGGUUCUUAUGUUUCUGGUUUUUCAGUCAAAGUAUGGACUGAUUUCUUUAAUUUGUCGUGUUUCUAAAAAAAAAAAAUAUCUUCGUACAUCUCUUACAGUGGACCAUGGUGGAACAGGAUUAGGCUACCUCGAUCAUGUCAUCGUGAUGGAGGAAAUGUCACGAGUGUCAGCAGCCAUUGCUCUCAGUUAUGGCGCCCACUCUAACCUCUGUGUCAACCAGAUGGUCCGCCACGCCAAUGAGAAACAGAAGGAGAAGUACAUGCCAAAGGUGAGGGCUGAACAGCUCGUCCUUCACAUCAUAAAAUAUUGGUAAACCUUAAAACCUGUGAAAAGAUAUUAUGUUCUUUCUCACGGUCACACUUUUUCAUGUUUGCAGCUGAUGACAGGAGAGCAUGUAGGAGCCCUCGCCAUGAGUGAACCCAACGCUGGAUCUGACGUUGUAUCUAUGAAACUUAAGGCAGAAAAGAAAGGUAGAAAACCCACUUACCCACUCAGGCGUUACUAUUCCACCACUGACCACCGUAUUAGCACAGGUUUGAAAACGGUUGCACUAUGAUAUUUAUUUGCUCAAAUACUUCUAAAUAUGUUUUGAGAUCACACACAUUUAAUUUCAGGAGCAUAUGCAAGUACAAUAGUCAGAAUUGUUCUGCCCCCUUGCUUGUAGUUUAUUGUUACUACUUUAUGUCCUCAGAAAAUAAACUUUUAUGAAGUGAAUUCUCAGUUUGCAGAGACACUAAAACUCCACAUUGCCAUUCAAGAGAGGAAUUUGAAGUGAUUGUCAUCCAUUUUCAGAGUAAUGAUUUCUGAUGCCUCUAAGUUGCUAAAACCAAAAGUGAUUUGACAGACGUUAUCAGGGAGGGUCCUUUAAUGUUUAAGUAGCUGAAUAUAUCAAAGCAGAACAUUAACACACAGAAAUACAAGUACAGCUGAUUAUGUGCUUUUAUAGAUUAACAGCUCAAGUGAAUGAGAUCUGUCAGAGUGCAUCAGCUGAAGGGUGUCAACACUUGUUGGCUGUGCCUCACCUUAUGCUUUGUAAAUGCUGGUUUUAAGAUGGUUCCUUAAUUGCUCCUUUAAAAACAUAGUCAAAGGGGCUGAAAUGUUUCCAUAUGAGUGUUUGUACAAGAAAAAAAUCAAAGUUGGUUUAAAUUUAUAUUGAGAUCAAAGCUGCAACCAUAAGUUGACACUCAAACCUGCUGUCCAACAUUCAUAAAUAGGGUUUAAGGUGAUUUAAUGAUCUAAAAAAUGUUUAUAAAUUGUUGAUAAUGCAGCGAUAGCUUGUUGUAGCUUUUCUAAAUUUCAGUUUUUGUUUUUUUAAUCAUUUUUACAGGUGAUUACUACAUUUUGAAUGGUAAUAAGUUCUGGAUCACAAAUGGACCAGAUGCAGACGUCCUCAUUGUUUAUGCGAAGACAGACCCUGAAGCCAAUCAAAGAGGAAUCACAGCUUUCAUUGUUGAAAAGGUAACCCAGUCAUAGAGAGACAUACUCUUCUCCAUCUCUGUGCGACAUGAUUCAGUCUAUUUGGCGCUCAGUCCUGUAGUUUGUCCAGUAGCUGCUUUAUAGGAAAGAAAUAAGCAUUUGCCUGGCUUAUAUUGAAAUCUAUUUUCAUAACAUAGGGGAUGCCAGGAUUCUCUACAGCACAGAAGCUCGACAAACUCGGCAUGAGGGGAUCCAACACCUGCGAGCUGAUCUUUGAAGACUGCAAAAUCCCAGGUGAGCAUUUUAAGCUCCCACUCCACUGACUGUUCACUCUUCUAAAAGAGGGAAAUUCAAAAAUCAUUUUCAAGUGGUUUCUCUGCCACUUUCUCAAGUGUGUUUUGUUAGAGAAGUUUGUUUUGUGUGUUUUUGUAGAGGAGAACAUCCUCGGUCCAUUGAACAAAGGGGUUUAUGUGAUGAUGAGCGGUUUGGAUCUGGAGAGGCUGGUGCUAGCAUCAGGACCUAUUGGGUAAGUUCAAACUUGGGAUGUUUUGAAGAGAUAGCGUGUGGCAGUACCUCUGGCAUGAAUUGUGCAGACCUACAACCAGUCAGUUUACACAGCAUAAAGGACUCUUGAUUUAGAUUAAGAAGUAUCCUGUUAAAUCAGACUUGUUGAAUUCAUCUUUUGGGAUCAAUGAAGUUCUUCUCCUUCUUCUUCUUGUUUGCUUUGCUCAACAGUCAAAAUGUUCUCUUUAUUCCAGCAUCAUGCAGUCAGUCAUCGACUUUGCUGUUCCCUACCUUCACAUCAGAGAAGCUUUCGGGCAGAAAAUCGGACACUUUCAGGUUAGACCUUCAUCUUCCCUUGAUUCGAAAGAUCAUCAAAUCACAGCAGAUAUGCAGUUUAUCCUUGUAUUAAUGUAAUGCUCUAUGUAAAUGUGCCUGCAGCUAAUGCAGGGCAAGAUGGCCGACAUGUACACAAGACUGAGCUCCUGUCGGCAGUAUGUAUACAAUGUGGCCCGAGCUUGUGACAAAGGACACUUCAGUGCAAUGGUGAGAGGAUUUAUAGUACUUUUAAUUUACUUCAGUUUAUAUUUAUAUGCUUGAAAUGGUGUGUUUACGCCAGUGUCCUAGGAAUCAUUUUGAAAAUUUAAACACAUAAGUUUGUAAAAAAAAGCUCAAAAAUGAUGACUGCAGUCUUAAAUCACAAGCAGAGAAGUGUAAAAUCUUCAUCUUUUCAGUCAUAAUCUGCAGUUUUUACUUGCCGGAGCAAAAAGAAACACAAUGAUGUUUCCUUCAUAGAAAUGUCAUUCCCCUUGUCUGCAUCUUAUUUCACUGUUUGCUGACUUUAACUUACAACAAUCCCAGGUUAUUUAUUCCUCACCACCGCUCACUAUGACUGUGCUGACUCGUGUUAUCUUUGCAGGACUGUGCUGGAGUAAUCCUGUACUGUGCAGAGAAUGCUACUCAGGUUGCUCUGGAUGGUAUUCAGUGUUUGGGUGAGUGCAAGAAGUUUAAAAUAAGGCAGAAUCUCAUCUACACAUAAGAAUCAGAUUCUGGGCCUCAGGUUGAAUUAUGAAAUGCCCUCAUGUGCGGUCAGUACAAUGAUGCAGGGCUUGACUGUCCUGUGUUUUGUUUUGGGAGUGAUGAGGCUCUACAGGUGCAGCUACUUUGGUUAAGAAAUAUCCUGCUAACAAAUGAGUUGCUGAGUGUGAAGAGGAGGGGGUUGCAGUGUAAACUUCAAGAGUUUAGCGUUAAGAAGGAUUUAAGUGUCUAUAAAGAGCUGUAAGAGCAAUGAAUUAAAGUAGAGUGACUGCAAAGGAGAGAGAAUAGAGAGAAGGCUUAUUUUCACAAUUCAUCACACAGAAUAUAAUCAUUCAUAAAGCAAAUUGCUCUGUGAGUGUGAGUGGUUGACUCGUUCUUCCACAAGUUUGACAUUAUUUUGCCGACUGGUGGUAAAUGGUUGUCAUAAAUACUCGUGCAUUCUAAGUUUUAUGAGUAAAAAGUGACUAAGAUGCUAAAAACCAGCAGGUUGUUUUGUCUUGUUUAUGGGCGUUUAUUUUUUUUGUAGAUUUUGUGCCUGAACAACCCGCUUUGCUGCUUCACACUGACUUCACUUUUUUUGUCAACAGGCGGGAACGGUUACAUCAACGACUAUCCCAUGGGACGUUUUCUGCGCGACGCCAAGCUGUACGAAAUCGGUGCUGGCACAAGCGAAGUUCGCCGAAUUAUCAUCGGACGGGCCUUCAACUCCAUGUUCAAAUAAUCACGAGUGAGAAAAUGGUGAUGGCUAAAGACUGGUACGAGUGGUUUGCCGUGGAUGAACAAAGUUACUCUUCACCCCAGAGCCUUAUACUGUAUGAACUACUGCUGCUGUUUGAUGGAUUAUCACAUGAUUGAGAAUCAUAGUCAUCCUUUAAAUUCUCAUAGAUGUAAACACUACAUGAAAUCACUCAGAUGACAGACAUGUCAGUUGUUUGACCAAUGGUUCAGUCUGUUCAGUGGCCUUGAUGUGAUUUUAUUACAUUAGGUUUCCCGUAGCAACUUGAUAACCACUUAAACGCCAAUAAAAUGAUCACAGAUUUUCUAAACACUGAUGAAACAUACUUGGCCUGUGUAAAUGUUUAAUGCAGUUUUGUUGCACUACCUGUUUGAUUGAAUUUCUGUCAUUUGGUUAUUUUGCCCCUUGGCGUGUUGAGCACUCCUCCUGAAGACUGUGUUGAUCAAACCUGACAUUGUCUUGUAUGACUGUAAAUGUGAAUAUCACAACAGCUGAAAGUUGAUUGAACUGAACUGAUCAAAAAUAAGGCAGAAUUGAGAGAAUUAGCAUUAAGAGUAGUUUAGUUCUGGGAGCAAACAUAUUUCACUGUUGUGUACUGUGAAUUGUCUGACAGGAGAGAUCCUCCUGAUGUGUUUGUCUCACUGGACUUUUGGUGUCAGAAUGUAGAUGUACAGUGUGUAAAUGAAUGACAUUGUAGUUUGGUUGGCAGUAAAUAAAAAUCAUCUUUUCUAAUCUGUAGACAGAAUGUGUUUCCACUUUAUUUACCUCAGUGAGUGAUGUGUGAUUAUACACAAAUAUCUCUGAAGUCAGGUCAUGAAAAAGAGGAGGUGCUACUCAGCCUGUUAGAAAGACUUAGCUUUGCACAUGCUUGUCUUAAGGUUUUCAUUGACAUAGUUUUCAAAUAAAUGAGGGGCAGUGUCAAGUACAAUCUGUCUUCUGAAAUGUAGUCAAGUAAUCCUUGUUCUCCCUCAAACUUGAAUCAUUUCCCCUCUUGUCUUCCCUUCACCUUUCUUCCUCUCUGUCAGGAACCUGCUGCUGCAGCAUCUGUCCAUCAGCAGCUCAGGUGACAGAUCAUUAGUUUAUGGCCUCUAAUCCAUCCUCACUUUUUUUCCAUCUCUGUCAGCCCCUGUGACUCAGGCUGACUGAUAUGAAGAAGAUGGUUUGGUUGGACUUUGGUACUGCUCAGCUGAGUUGUGAUAAACACCACUGCAUGCAAAGAUGAAGGAUUUACAGAUUUGUUUUAUUUUUUUGGAGGUUGACAGUAAAGAGUUACUGAUCGCUGCUCUUUUUGACUGUAAACAGAUAUGAAAGUGAUUGUUCUGGAUUCAUACACUGUAUAUGAUUUGAAUAUGUUUUGAUAUCAAAAGCAAAUUUAUGGGAAGACACACAUACAGUCUUUGUGUCUGGGAAAGCCACAGUAGAGACCAUGAUUGACCUAUUUCUCUAAAUUUAAAAAUACAUGGGGGUCUGCCUCAUGGUGGAUUUUCCCUGAAUAAGAAAGAAGUUUUACCCUCUCACACUGGUGUUGGGUAACUGGUUCUUCUCAGGAACUUUAACAACAGUGUGUGCUCACCUUGAUGUGAGUUUGGACUACAAAAAUUAAACUCUAGUUUUGUUGAGAUAAUUUUUCAGUAUAUUUAUCGAAGUUUGUAAAAUUCUCUCUAAUAAGGUUAACUCAUUAUCAAGUUUGCUACAAAAUUAUGUGUUAUCUUUCUAUCAGCUUGAAAUGACUCCUCCACCUCAGGUUGUGAUCUCUCACCUCACUGUUGUGCUGUCAGUGUCGUGUUCUCUGCCUCUUAAGCUGCACGGCUCUUUAUAAAGCAGGAAGGACUCCUCCCUGCACAGAGACGUACAAACUGAAUGCCUCAUUGUCAAGUGAAGGUUUUCCUCUUUAAUAAGCAUCAAGUCUGAAGCUUAACGGAGUUAUUAAUAGAUGUACCACAAAGUCUUUCACAGCAUGAAAUCAAACAGUUCGCUGAAACGAUUAAUAAAGAAGAAGAUAAAAAAAAA